AUGCAAUUGUUCAUCCAUCGGCAAAAGACAAAGGACUACAGCGAUAAAAGGUUUCCAGACGCCAUGAUUGAACUUGUCGAGUCCUUGGCACUUCAUAAGGAUAAGGUUUGGAGUUUGGAUGACUCAAAUGGGUUGCUUGCGACAGGAUCUACCGAUCGAUGCAUCAAGAUAGUCAACCUGAAAUCUUCGAGACAGGUGAUAGAUGAGCUGGAUGAUACUGUGCAUAAAAAGACCAUUAGAUCUGUGGCAUGGAGGCCAGCAUCCUGUCUCCUCGCUGCCGGCUCUUUCGAUUCUACGAUCUCCAUCUGGGGCAAGGAUGACUCUUCCAAUGAUUACACAUCCACGAUGGCAGACUUUGAAAUGGAACUUCUUGCGAUAAUCGAGGGACAUGAGAAUGAGGUGAAGAGUGUGGCAUGGUCUUACGAUGGAACGUACCUGGCAUCAUGCUCUAGGGAUAAAAGUGUCUGGAUAUGGGAGACAGACGAGAUGGGUGAGGAAUACGAAUGUAUCAGCGUUCUGCAGGAGCAUUCUCAAGACGUUAAGCACGUAGUCUGGCACCCCAGUUUGCAUUUGCUUGCCUCCAGCUCUUAUGAUGAUACGAUCAGGAUAUGGAAGGAAUUUGACGAUGACUGGGAAGCGGCAGCUAUCCUCAACGGCCACGAAGGGACUGUCUGGUGCUCAGAUUUUGAGAAAUCAGAGUCUAGCAUAAGACUGUGUAGUGGUAGCGAUGACAGGACAGUACGAAUCUGGAAGUUCGCUGGCGACAGCGAAGAUGAUGAGCAGGAAUGGACUUGCGAGGCGACUUUGCCGCAAGUUCAUACAAGAGCCGUCUACAGCGUAGCAUGGGGUCCCAAUGGGUUGAUUGCCAGCACAGGUUCUGAUGGUACUUUGGCCGUCUAUCAAGAAGUCAACGGAGUAUGGAACGUCGUUGCCAAGACAAAGCAGUGUCAUGGUACACACGAGGUGAACGUUGUCAAAUGGACAACCGUUGACGGUGUCACAAUGCUUAUCACCGGUGGCGAUGACGGCCACGUAAACAUUUGGAAGUAUACUAACCUUUAG